AGACACAGUGUCCCAAUGCACUAAAAAAAAUUUAAAUUUUAAAUUAAUUGCCAUAAGAUUUAAUAAAUCUGCGAGGGUUAUACGUUACAGACGGACUCUAUAGAUACAUAUUUCACAUCUUCUUGGCCAUAACGUUUGUGCUUUUCCAAGGAUUAUAAGUUGCAACUAGGGUUUAUAAGAAGAGAGGCUUUAGUCAUCAUGUCUGGUGCAGAAGGACAAGUGAUCAGCUGCCACAGCUUGGACCAAUGGAGGGAACAAUUACAGAAAGGACUCGACUCUAAGAAACUGGUGGUCGUGGAUUUCACAGCAUCAUGGUGUGGACCUUGCCGCUUUAUUGCCCCUGUUUUUGCCGAGUUUGCUAAGAAGAUGCCUCAUGUCCUAUUUCUCAAGGUCGAUGUAGAUGAAUUGGAGACAGUUGCCAAGGAGUGGUCUGUGGAGGCAAUGCCGACUUUCAUCUUUCUCAAGGAAGGGAAGUUAGUUGACACAGUUGUGGGUGCAAAGAAAGAAGACAUCCACCAGACAAUAAUCAAGCAUGCGGCGGUGACAUCAUCUGCUACCGCAAGUGCUUAGAAGCCUAUUUGUAGGACACAUGAAAUUCUCAUUGUCUGCUAGUUUGAAGUCGGAAUCUGUAGACUGCUUUGUUACUUUGAAUUGGUUUGGAUAUGAAUUGAGUUUUUUAACAAUAAAGCUACUAUAUUGAAAGUUGAUUGCCAUUGCGAGCUUAUCUUAUUUUCA